GCACUCCUGAUAUCAAGGACCUAUAAAUCCCUCUUCUUCAUGAAAAACCCGCUAAUGUCAUUUUCUGUAAAGCAACACAACACUGCUGUUUGGUUUUGUGAAGAUGCAUAUACAGUUUCUCAUCCUGGUUUUUUGGCUGAAUCUUCACACUCUAACGGCAUUCAGGAAUGGGCAGGUGACUCAGGCAUGCAUGUCUAUGACUCCUGAACAUGGGAAUAAUGCCUCUACAUUAGAACCUCCAUAUACUGUCACCUCAGAUGCCUCUAACUACACAGAUGGUCAGGUGAUCACAGUGACACUACAAGCAAAUGAGACUGGAUUCAGGGGCUUUCUUCUUCAGGCCAGGGAUGAGAAGGGUCCAGUAGGAACUUUCACAGUCAUGGAAAACUCUCAAUUACUCACCUGUGGAACCGAAGGCUCAUCUGUCAGUCAUACUUCAAAUGAUGACAAAUCAAAUAUUGUGGUUCAGUGGAAAGCUCCGAGCAGUAACAACACAGAUAUUUGGUUCAGGGCAACAUUUGUGCAGAAUUUCUCUAUCUUCUGGGUUGGUGUUCAAAGUGAUCCUGUUAGAUUCCUGGCGACAAAUCCUCCAAAUGUGACCGUCUCCCCACCCAACGUGACCGUCUCCACACCCAGCAGAACAACUGACGAUAGUCCAUCAAUUUCUCUCACAUGGUGUCUUUUUCUUCUACCUCUGCUGGCAAUUAUUUAAAAAACUGGACAAAAUCCUUAGUCACAGGUUUUUUUUUAUUUUUUAUAUAGACUUUUAGUUUAAUAUUCAAACAGAUUUAUAUAUUUGUUGAAGUACAAUGGGGCUAAAAAAAAAGCCAUUUUUAUGGUCUCAAAAUAUAUUAAAUAAUAUUUCAAUAAUAUACUGAUAUUGUAAUGUACAUUUUUUUUUUCUUUUGAUCAGCAAUAUAAUAGACAAAUUGUACCCUAUUGUUAUAUUUAUAUUUACUGUAUAUAAUGAAGCUUGUAUCAAAUGUUAAGACUAUAGAUUGUUAAUUGUCAGUGUCCCAGUAGUGGAACAUGGUGAACUUUAUACUUUUUGCCUUUUUAUUAGUUUUUAGUUUUGUCUUUUAGUUUAGUUUUUAGUUUUGCCUUUUAGAUAUUUUAGUAAUGAUCAUAAAUUAGGUAUCAUUUGAAAGCGUAAACACUCAAAACUCAUCCCAUGAAAACUGUUUUGAAAUUAGACUGCAUUACCAUGAAAACAGGCUCAAUUUUUGUGUUAUCAACUUCAAAUUUGGAACACAACUUAGUUAGACAUAUGCCUUUGAUUUUCUACCAAUUUGAGAGUCCAGAUUAUUUUGUAAUAUGUAUAUAUAUAUAUAUAUAUAGCAAAAUAAAGUACAUUACAUUUGCUUUAA